AUGCUGGUGGGCGACUCGGGGGUCGGCAAAACCUGCUUGCUGGUGCGGUUUAAGGACGGCGCUUUCCUCGCGGGCAGCUUCAUUUCCACCGUGGGAAUCGACUUCAGGAACAAGGUCCUCACGGUGGACGGCGUGAAGGUCAAGCUGCAGAUCUGGGACACGGCCGGGCAGGAGCGCUUCCGCAGCGUCACGCACGCCUACUACCGCGACGCGCACGCCUUGCUCCUGCUCUACGACGUCACCAACAAGGCUUCGUUUGACAACAUCCAGGCCUGGCUGACCGAGAUCCACGAGUACGCGCAGCAGGACGUGGUGCUCAUGCUGCUGGGGAACAAGGUGGAUUCCACCCAGGACAGAGUGGUGAAAAGGGAAGAUGGAGAGAAAUUAGCCAAGGAGUACGGAGUGCCCUUUAUGGAGACCAGCGCAAAAAGUGGCUUAAAUGUCGAAUUAGCCUUCACAGCCAUUGCCAAGGAACUGAAGCACAGGUCCAUGAAGCUGCCCAACGAGCCCAAAUUCAAGCUCCAUGACUACGUGAAGAAGGAAGUAAGAGGCUCAGGCUGCUGCAGAUCCUAGUGUGCUUGGUGCAUUUGUACAGAGACUCACGCCAAGUGCUCGUGUGCCGCGCGCUCCUCGUGGACAGUGUGUGCAUGUCUGUCUGUUGUGUCUGUACCUGCGUAAAAGGAGAGCUGGGACGUGUGGAGC